CUUGCUCAUCGAUCUGCAAAAAAAACCAAUAACAUCGUGAAGGUUUUGGACGACGGAGAUGGGGAAGUGGCUGCCAUAUUUGUCCAGCUUGAGAGGCAGCGAAAACUUUAUAAAAAAUAUGGUAACGUCUUAGAACUAGAUGGAACCUACGAGACGACCAGAGCUGGCGUCGCCCUUUUCCACAUUUUGAUCGAAGACAACAAUGGUGACGGCCAGCCCGUUGCCAAGUUCUUCAUCAAAGAAGAAACCAUAGAAGCAAUUGCAGAAUGUCUGUGGGUUUUUUCGGAGAACAAUGACGUCUCUGCUACGAAAUUAACAUUGACUGACAAGGAUUGCGCCGAAAUUUCCGCUUUAGGAAGAUAUUUACCCUCUGCAACCGACCUUCUCUGUCCGUUUCACGCUUUGACGUCCGUCGAUUUCCACUUGAACAAAGUGAAUGACGGUGAGCGUGUUGACAUAGAAAAGCGCCACCAAAUCCAUGGAGGAACAGGAAGUACUGCUACAUAUUUCCGAGACCAUUGGUUCAAUAUAGAAACAAAGUGGACGCAUGUCGGCCGCCGAAAUUUACCAACAUUCGAUUUCAUCAUACCAUCAAAGACGUUCUUCAGAAGACCCAGCGAUUGGCGGAAGUGCUUAAAAAUCUGGUUAACAUCGCAAAGCUUCGUCUUAGCGAUCGCAAGUUGAAGCAAAACAUCAGGGAUCUUCGAUUUGCCACUAAAUCAAAGCA